AUGUUGCCUCGUCGUCUCUUUGCUGUUCUUCAAGAGCCAUGCCUCUCAAGCUACCCCCAGGGAUCCGAUUCCCAGCGAGAGUCUCGCCAGUCCCCAGCAGCGGGGGUUGGGGUUUCUCCCGAGGGGCCCUCGGGAGGCGCUGCUACAGGCGCUCCUGCAGCUGCAGCAGCAGCUGCUGCUGCUACCUAUGCAGGUCCUCCCAAGGCUGGUUUAGAUGCCACUGUGGGGCCUCUUCCCGUUAGCCCCUACGACCCUGCCCAGCAGCCACCUCCCUAUGGACAGUUUGGAUCUGGAGAUGCAUUGCAUGGUUCUUAUGGGGAGACUUCGGGAGCUGCACAUACGCCCGGGGGCCCCGGUGUGACGGAGGGGCCAUAUGGGCCUCCGCCAUUCGGCUAUUACUCGGCUCCCGUCACAUCAUUCCCAGGCUACUCGAUGGGCCCUCCCCCCUUCAUAGCUGCGCCUCUGCAGGGCAUGGGGUGCUAUCCAGCCCCUCCACCUUUGGGGGCUCCUUACGGCAUGGGGACCCCUUAUGGAGCCCCUCCUUCUGGUGGGCCUCCCCAGAGCUGGAUGCCUGGGGACCCUCAGGGUGGGGUGUGGGGUCCUGCGAGGCCCCACAAUGUCCGCGGGAAUGGACCUUCUGGCGAGGGAGGGGGACCCCCUGCCCCCCAGACGGCGCGGGAGCGGCAGCGUCAAUUUUUGAGUGCUUCUGCUUUGACCGAGUUUGAUUCCUUAGAGGCGAAAUGCUCUUUUGGAUUGUUUCUUAAAGGCCUCAGCGAGGGGAAGCUAGCUGGAAGAAUGGGGUUUAAAGAAUGGUUGUAUGCAACCAAUGUUGUAAGCGAUAUGCUGCGUCGGGAGGUACAACAUGAGACAAACUACGAUUUGCUCUUGCAUCAGCAGCUGCUGCUGCUGCAACAGAUACUCAAGCUGCUACAGCGCGGCCGAAGCAACUUCCUGCCCCACGAUGUUGCUUUGUUGGCCGCGAAUGCAGGACGUCUUCAUGGGGCUUUUUGCAUGCAUUUCUUAACCCGGCAGACCCAGAAAGCGCAGGAGGUGUUGAAUGCACCUUCAAAAGAGCUAAGGAAGGCUCUGCAGCAGGCAGCUACUGAGCCAGCAGCAGCAGCAGCUGCUGCUGCUGCAGCUGGAGCAGGAGGAGUAGGGGGAGUUGAACAGUUAACUGAAGGACCAUUGACGCUGAGUGUUUAUAGAGGCGUCUGCGAUGCUAUUGUAUCCGAAAUUGUCUUCUCUUGUGCCAGGAAACUGCAUUCCUUUCCUCCGUCCACGCAGCCUUCGCAUGUCAGGGCUCUGCCUACGCUAAUGCGAGCUGCUUCUGCGCAACUGCUGCCUCGAGACACAAGCAGCAGCAACAACCAGCAGCAGUAUACUGCCAAGAGGGUAAAGGCUGUGUGGACGGAGCUGCUGCAGCGCAUCUGUCCCCUCUUAGGUCGUUAUGAUGUACUGCAGCUGCUGCAGGUGCUGCAGGGGGUUGCCGCUCUCAGCAACAGAAAAAUCAUUCGAGAUAACGAUCUCCUUACACUAACACAAGGUAGCCGCCUAUUGCUCCACCAUCUCGCGAUGGACACUAAACUAGGCGUUGUCAAUGGGGUUUUGUAG